AUGUUCGCACUUGUUGAAUUUUUGCCCUCACAAUUGGUCGAAGUGGUACCGUCCACGUGGGUGAAUGGCAAGAAAUGUCAGGGGCCGAAAGGGCCUACUGACAAGGCACAAAGAAUGGUUCGGCGCCUUCAGGAACCAGACGAUACAUUUGACCCCUAUGAUGCGAGACUGAAAGGCUUAUUUCAAUUCCAGCGUCGUGUUAUGACGCACUUGAGCAUCCUUAGGCACAACCAGGCUGAAAUGCUGGAGAUGCUAGCAGCUAACCAACAGAAGCGUUGCGAUUCAGAAAUGGAAAUGUUGCGACAGCCCGAGCCAUCCCUGCAAAGCCCCUUAAGGAAUGUUCAGGAGGUUUUAGAAUUCAAUGAGUCUCUCACUGAAGCUACAACAGAAGCUCUGGUCCGUGACCUUAUGUCCUACGGCUCAAGGACAUUAAAUUUGACUGUGAAGGGCAUGAUGGCCUAUUUAAUGAGCAAUCAAGCUGCGUGUGAGUUCAGCAUGGAUGGCCGUAAAGGCAAGCUGAAAUUCAGAGAACUUAAGCUCACCAAAAUUGUGCUCUCGGCUGUUCAGAGGACACGCCACCACAAGGAGUGCACACUCGACGACAUUGUCCACCAGAGAAAGGAGUGGCUGCGCAGGGCCAAAGAAAGAUGUGCGGCCAUGUUUAAACACUUUGACUCUUUCUUUCCCGGUCUUUGCCAGUAUUGUGAGGAGGUGGCUGACACCUACCAGAUGGUAUGGGCAUGCCAGCUCAAUCCUUCCUUUUACCCCAGAACCCAAAUUCAACAAGAGAGGACUGGGAGGCGGCCCUGCUCAGUUGCCAGGAACUUGCGGCUCAACGAGCCAUGGUCCAGCGUGCAAGGACAGCGGCUACGACCAAAGGGGUCCCUGACUAGGGACUGCACCUAUGAGCUUGCCAGUCACCGGUCGUGCCUUGCCCGUUCGGCCACCAGGCAUCACUGCCCGGGUCUGGCGCGCCAGGCCGCCACCGUCGGCAACAGGCUGUUCGACCGGCUCGACAUCACCUUCUGCUCGGGUUGCGGACGCUGCAUGCUGCGGCUCAUCGCAGUUCUUGCCACCGCGUCCAUCACGAUGGCUCGAUGA